AUGCCAUUUGCUCGAAAGCCCAACGAGGCUCGAUCACCACGACAUUUAUACUGCGGAUUGGCGAUGUGUCACGAAUGUUUCGAGAAGGAGAUGCGGUUGGAGAAUGAGGAGGGGAAACAUCGAUGUGUUCGGGAAGAUUGCUUUGACAAUCCCAAUUUUGCAUUUUACCUGAUUAAUGUUCUAUCGCAAGAAGAUUCCUUGGCACUUUCACCUUUGGGAGAUGCCCUUCAAAAUUCCCUGAAUGUCCAAUUUGUCACGAUGAAUAUUCGAAUCAAGCACUUUCAUCUGUUAGAUUUCUUGAAUGAAUUGCCAAUGAUGACACGUCAAAUGGAAGGAAUGAGGAAUCCUCGUGUUUGUGAUGAUUGCAAGGAGACGCGCAGUAUUGACAAGAUGUAUCACUGUAAUAAAUGCGAUUUGAAGAUUUGUCCAGAUUGCCUUAUUGAGGAGCAUCUAUCUCAUGAGAAAACGCGACUUUGGAAGAAAGCACUUUGUGAAAUGACCGAGGCUCAACAGAAAGAUACGGCCAAUGUGGUGAAAACGUACAACGAUUUGUUUGCAGGAAUGCACGAGAAUAUUUUGAAGCCUCUGAAGGCUUUUGGAACGAAAUUGACUUCGAAAGAAGAAAACUGUAUGAACAUUUCGACAUUUGGAGAAGCAAAGAAGACACUUGAAAAAUGCGCGAAGCUGAGAGAGGACUUUGAGACGAUUUCGGAGAAACUCAUACCUGAUUUGCGUCGAUAUGAGACGAAGGUCAAGAUAUUGACUGAAGCAAUUGACAAAGAUGAUUAUCAAGGACUUGAAGAUGGAUUU